AUGGACGACCUGGCUCUGCUCGACCUGCUGGAGUGCCCGGUGUGCUUCGAAAAGCUCGACGCCACGGCCAAGGUGCUGCCGUGCCAGCACACGUUCUGCAAGCCCUGUCUGCAGAGGAUCCUCAAGUCCCAGAAGGAGCUCCGGUGCCCCGAGUGCAGGACGCUCGUCCUCUGCGGCAUCGAGCAGCUGCCGGCCAACCUGCUGCUCAUCCGCCUGCUGGAUGGUGUCAGGUACGGGCAGAAUGCGCCCCGCUUUGGCUCCGUGCAGCGCUCAGGGCUCCUGUCCUCCCCCGCCUGCAUCCGCAGGGCCCCGCGGGGUCUGCAGCUCGCCCAGCACCGGCCGCCCACCGCCCCCAGGAGCCUCACGGAUGGGGUGCCGCGAGCCAAAGCGCUGUUCUCGUACCGGGGCCACAACCCCGGCGAGCUGCGCUUCAACAAGGGGGACGUCAUCGUGCUGCUGCGGCAGCUGGACCAGAACUGGUACCUGGGGGAGCUGAACGGCGUCAGCGGGGUCUUCCCAGCCAGCUCCGUGCAGGUCAUCAAACAGCUGCCGCUGCCGCCGCCUCUCUGCAGGGCUCUUUACAACUUCGACCUGAGGAGCAGGGAUAGGAGUGAGAACAACGACUGCCUGUCAUUCCACAAGGGAGACAUCAUCACCGUCAUCAGCAGAGUCGAUGGCAACUGGGCCGAGGGCAAGCUGGGCGACAAAGUGGGCAUCUUCCCCGUGCUGUUUGUGGAGCCAAACACGACAGCACGGCAGCUCCUGCAAAGCAGCAAAGGCUCCUGGCCCACCCCGCUCCGCUGCGCACCGCUGAGCGCUGCCUCCCCGAAGGCGCAGGGCCGGGAGCUGCACAAGGCGCCCGACGCGCGGCGCAAGAGCCUGCGGCCCUUCUCCAUCACCACGGCCCUCAACACGCUGAACCGCAUGGUGCACGCCCCUGCCGACCGCCCCGCGCUGCGCAUCAGCUCCCCGGUGCUCAUCAGCUCCAGCAACCCCAGCGUGGCCGCUGCCGGCAGUGAGGAUGCGGCCCGCGGGACCCCCGCCCAGGUCAGCGCAUCCUACUAUCCUGCUCCAGGAUCACUGAGGCACUCGGCAGCCAUCGUCACUCUGCCCCACCUGCAGCAUCACCUCUCAGCCAACAUGAAGCCGAGCGUGCCCGACUCGAAGCUGCCCGCGCUGUACGCCUCGUGGACGCUGUCGGCCUCGUCGGUGUCCUCCCAGGGCAGCGCCUCCGAGAGCGCGCAGCGCCAGAGCCGAGCGCUGAAGGCAGCGCUGCCCCUGGGGCACACGGCGCUGCGGCGCGGCCGCGGCUGCACCAGGAAGAAUGGGUCCCUGCAGAGGCCGGGGCAGGCAGGGCUGCAGGCUGCCAGCUCCCUCCGCCGCGUUCCCACGGCCGGGCUGCAGCCGUACCCACAUGCUGGCAGCUCAGCGCACAGCAGCCCCGCUGCCGGCACAGCCGAGAUGGGCGCGAGGCCCAACUUCUCCCACGAAGCCCUGCCAGCACUCGUGGUCAGAGGAGGGGAAAGCAGGACUCCAUCUGUCUGCAGUUCGGUGAUCCUGGACACCACGGAGCCUCUGGCAAAGAGUGAGUCGGUGCCCCGGCCGCCCGCAUCGGCCCCGCCAUCCAUCCUGGUGAAGCCGGACACCUCCCGUAACAGCAGUGACAAGCAGGUGAAGACGGUGCGGUUCCAGAACCACAGCCCGCCGCCCAAGCGGCACGGCCCGCAGCCUUCCCCGCGCCUGCCCCGCAGCAGCACCGAGUCGGCGCUCGCAGCUGAGCCCCCGCCGCCCGACGGGAGCCCCGAGCCGCCCGCGAUGCCAUCCCCGCGCCUGGGCAGCAGCCCCCUGCAUCCCCGCAGAGCGCUGCACCCGCGGGCGGCAUCGCUGGAGCUGUCAGCGCCGCUGACCUUCCCCGUCAGGAAGAGCUACAGCAGCGUCUCCGCCAACUGA